AAUAUUUAUUGCAAAUUUUUUACUUUCAUUUCAUGUCUUGCGAUUUUUCAGUUACAGUGAAAUCAAUAUUUUUUACAGUGUCCGGUUCCUUCGUUGAUUAACUACGUUCUAUUUUAGUUUGUUACUAGUUAUAUUAUUCUAUUAAGCUUUAAAUAUUUCAUAAAAUUUUAUUAUUAGAUUCCUCUCUUUACAAAUGAGCAAAUUAUAAUUCAAAUCUGUGUUGUUUUAUCGUGUUUGUUCCAAUCUUGUAAUUUUUUACAGUUUGCUCAUUAAAAGUUUUAAUUUAUAUCAUCUAGUUUCGAGGAUUCAUUCCGCUCUCCAGUGAGUCCCUUGCCCAAUCUGUGUAGUGUGUACUAACUACUAUCGCUUGCCGUUAGACAUUUUCAUUCCGCGUUCUGACCAGUGUGGACGUGCUCCGGUAAUACUAUGCAGAAAGAGUUAGAUAAUAUGCUGGGAGGUAGUGUUCUCUGGUUCCGACAUGGACUGCGUCUCCACGACAACCCGGCACUGCUCGAUGCUGUCUCUGAUAAGAAUGAACCUUUCUUUCCUAUCUUCAUCUUUGACGGCGAAACCGCUGGUACUAGUCUGGUUGGAUAUAACCGCAUGCGAUAUCUACUGGAAGCUCUUGACGACCUGGGCUCACAGCUUAGACAACAUGGAGGUCGACUCCACCUGGUGAAGGGAAACCCAACUGAUAUCAUCCGCCGUCUUCGGGAAGAGUUGGGUCUGAAGAAGAUAUGCUUCGAGCAAGACUGCGAGCCGAUCUGGCGCGCGCGAGACGACCGCGUGCGCAACCUGUGCCGCGAGGUGGGCGUGGUGUGUCGCGAGCACGUGUCGCACACCCUGUGGGAGCCUGACACCAUCCUGCGGCACAACGGGAACAUACCGCCGCUCACCUACCAGAUGUUCUUGCACACCGUGUCAAUAAUCGGCGACCCGCCCCGGCCCGUCAGCGACGUGGACUUGCGGGAAGUACAGUUCGGUGCACUACCCGACGCGUUCUGCAAAGAAUUUUGUGUCUUUGAUAAAACUCCAAAGCCAGAGGACUUGGGCGUGUUUCUGGAGAACGAAGACAUCCGCAUGAUCAGGUGGGUGGGCGGCGAGACCGCGGCGCUCAAGCAGAUGGAGCAGCGGCUGGCUGUCGAGCGAGAGACCUUCUUCAGAGGCUCAUAUCUGCCGACACACAGCAGCCCCGACCUGCUCGGUCCACCUGUAUCGCUGAGCCCUGCGCUGCGCUUUGGAUGUCUGUCCGUGCGCAAGUUCUACUGGGCGGUCCAAGAUCUGUUCAUCGAGGUGCAUAAGGGCCGAAUGUCGUCUGCACCUUUCAUUACAGGUCAGCUGAUCUGGCGCGAGUAUUUCUACACGAUGAGCGUGAACAACCCGCACUACGGCCAGAUGGCCGGCAACCCCAUCUGUAUGAGAAUACCCUGGCGGGAACCGAAGGGAGACGAGCUGCAAAGGUGGAAGGAGGGGCGCACGGGCUACCCGCUGGUGGACGCGGCGAUGCGGCAGCUGCGCGCCGAGGGCUGGCUGCACCACGUGCUGCGGAACACCGUGGCCUCGUUCCUGACGCGCGGCACGCUGUGGCUGUGCUGGGAGCACGGCCUGCAGCACUUCCUCAAGUAUCUCCUCGACGCUGACUGGUCGGUGUGCGCUGGCAACUGGAUGUGGGUGUCGUCGAGCGCGUUCGAGGUGCUGCUGGACUCGGGAGACUGCGCGAGCCCCGUGCUGCUGGGGCGGCGCCUCGACCCCACCGGCCACUACGUGCGGCGCUACGUGCCCGAGCUGGAGCGCGUGCCCGACAUCUACAUUUAUGAACCGUGGAAGAUGCCGCUGGAGGUGCAGCGGAGGGCGCGCUGCGUGAUCGGCCGCGACUACCCGGCGCCCAUCGUCAACCACGAGGAAGCGGCCACGCGGAACAGGAACACUAUGAAUGAGUUGCGUCGCAUCAUGAACAAGGCACAGCCGCACUGCUGCCCCUCGUCCGAGGAGGAGGCGCGCCAGUUCAUGUGGCUGAAUGAGGACUCUGUCAGCGUCGAUGGUAAUUAAGCAGCCAUCGCCGGGAUCUGCUACUCAUCAUUAAACGAGUUUGAUAUUUGAGAAUCAGUUAUUCUAGGGACUUUUCUAGGGGAUUUCUAUUACCAAUAAUAACUGUGCUUAAUAAUGAAUUUAAAAUGGGGAUUAUUCGAAUUUUACUGUCCAUGUUAUAAUGAGUAUUUAUACUUUUAAUAUUAAAAGUUACAGGAAAUUGAAAUUCAAAACGGGCACAAAAACGUCCGAAAUGUUGAUAGUGUAAAGUACACUAUCACAAAAAUUUCGGUCAUUUUCGUUCAUGUCUGUUGUUCUACUAGUCUUUUUUUACCUUAAAAAUUUAUCCCCAAAAAAAGAAGGGGCGUACUGUCAGAUAAACUUAAAUUUGGAGGAUACCUUCCUCUCAUACAUCUGUAUGUAUGCAUAUGUAUUUCGCGUAUUUCUUAAUUAAUAAAUCUUUAAUUGUAGGUACAGGUUAUUAAAAUAUAUAAUGAUCAUGAUGUAUAGGUAUAUAUUAUUAUGUUUACAAAACAUGAUAUAUUAUACCUAUCCUAAGCUAUUAUUAUCUUAUUUGAAUUUAUCGUUGUUAAUGUUUUAUCUCGAAUUGCAGAGCUCCUCAAUAUUUAGAUUUUUAAAUAUAUUAUAAUUUUAUUCCCUUAUUAUUUGAGUGUGAAACAAAACCAAAGAAAAUGGUAUGUAAGCUGUAGCCAUACACUGAAACUGUAUUUCAAAAUUUGUAUUUUAAGCGUCAAACGAAAUAUGUACCUUACUUUAUGUUGUAGAUGUGAUUAUUCUUAUAAUGAUAGGGAAUUAAUUUACUUUGAGUUUAAGAUCUAUAAUAAUAAGCAACCAGACAAUUUUAAAAGGAUCUCUUAGAAAUAAGUUUUAAAGUUAUUGUACUAUCGGCAUAUUCACUACGUUAUAUUUUGAAAUAUGUAUUAACGAAACGCCUAAGGACUUCAUCAUAUGACCUCUGUAAUAAUUAUAGACUUACAACGUAAUGGGGAGUGGUGUGGCAACACUAUGCUGCAAGCAUAGCACUAGCAUUUAGUUUACACCAGUUUCUCAACCUUAUUUUGCUCACCGCCUACUUUGAGAAUAUGUUUUUUUCUAGAGUAUUUUCGUGUAUUUUUUGCCUUUUUAGACUAUAUUUUUAAUCUACCCACGCCCCAUCUCAAUAACCCCUAAUUUUCUCUGGGUCUUCUACUGCCCCCCCGAAAGUCUCAAACGCCCACAAGGGGUCGUUAUUGCCCACGUUGAGAACCUAUGGUUUAGACUAACAAAACGUUCGUGAGAAAACAUCUCUAAGGCCUAUCGCAGAUGACACACUUUUUCUGCUAUUGAGUCUGCGUACAUAAAAAGUCUGAAGUGCGCGCAAAAUGUGUUUGGCAGAUAUUUCACAGACAUAACGCACACGAAGUACACUUUCGGUCAUUUUGUCGGCAGAACUAUAGGGACGUACACGCAAUGGAAGUACAAAGGUUGCGGUGUAUUAUUUCGUACUUGGGAUAUAAAAAAAAGCAGAAGGAACAGAUUUGGGUUCAUCCUAUUCUUUCAGAAAGAUUAUUAAAGGGAAUGUUACCUAUUUAAAGAUUGAGUUAUUAUACAGUGUUUGUCUGUUUUCUAUUUCUUAAAUCAACAUCGAUGUCUAGCGCCAUGAUUCAUGUCAAUCACUAGCAAGUGCAGACUACAGACUAAAGUCGGUGUCGUCUGCGUUAGCACGUGUUGACGCGAACGUUAUAUUUUUUUGGCGCACUUUUUGUACUGUUUUGUUGCGCGGUCUGUCAGAUCUACGAAUACAUUUUGCGUGUCAGACUCUUACAAGAAAUAAGAACUUGUUUCUUUUAAGAUAGCUUAUUGGUUUAUUUAUCCCAACAUUGCCAUCAACAUCACUGUAGAUAUUCUUCUCCUGGAAGGCAUCUGAAUAGGCCUCAACACACACAGGGCAAAAUAAUUCUUCCUCUUCGAUGCCUGAUUCAUGACAUGACAUUCAUUCAAGCUGUGUCAUGACUCUGAAGUUGUUUUUUCUUAUGAAUAUGUUUUUAUAUAAAAAAAUAUUUCUUCUAAUUAAUUUUAUGACCCAAACACUUUAAUAUAGUUAAUGUUUGGUAUUAUGAUCUCUUAUGAUCGUUUUACACGGUCGAUUUUAGUCGCAUGCGCGCGCGGCUAUAGUCGGAUGCUACCCAACUUUAGUGCUUGCGGCUUUAGUCACUCGCGACCUAGUCGUAUUGCCAUUUAGUCGGUUGAUUAACGCCGCGCGGCUAAAAUCGUGCGGUUUAGUCACCCGUGUAAACCCCACUUUAAACACAUUAAUGCACAAUUCAAAUGCACUUACUUGAUUGCUGUACUGUAUCGGUUUUUGUUACAUUUGGCGGGAAACUAGCAACUAAUUAAACGCACACUCAGACCAUAGGGAGGAUUGGGUCUCUACUCCCCCCUCUUCCACUGCUUGCAUCUAGCAUACAGUGCUGGUGAUCUAUAAGUGUGAGUGGCUCACGCAACCCGGCGUUUCAAGAGACCCCACUCUGCCCUACCUAAUUGUAGGAAAAUUUGUUUAAAUAAAUUUUACAUGUAACAUACUAAUUUCUAGUAUGAUAGUCCUUUGGCACUUUAGCAUGUAAAAAUAAUAUUAUGCAUUUACCCUUAUAUGAUAAGUGAAUAAAUUAUUUAUAUAAUAUUUAUCUUUACAUAUUUAAUAUAAAUUAGUAACUUAUACAAUUUAAAUAGGUAUAUUUUGGAUUGAUGUUGAAUUAAAAUGAAAAACUUAUAA